CCUAACUUACCGGCAUGUAAUGUCAAACACCUAAAUAAAUUAGAAUAGAUUUUAAGUAAUUAAUUAAGAAUUGAUUUGUUGAAUUUUAUUAAUUAAGAGUGAUUUAUAACAAUGGCCACGAUUGGCGCAGAAGUUGGCCAAAAAAUGCGAUCUGCGAUCAAAGCCAAACUAUUAGAACUGAAUUGCUACGUUGAUGAUGAACUUCCUGAUUAUGUUAUGGUUAUGGUGGCAAAUAAGAGGACAAAAUCGCAAAUGAAGGAAGAUUUACAACUGUUUCUUUCUAAUAAAACUUCUACUUUUGUCGAUUGGCUUCAUAUAGUAUUAAAAAAACUCAAAGAAGUAACAGUUACAAACCCAGAUGUGUAUAAAAAGACGGCAAAACGAAAAUCUGAUGAACUGCCAAACGUUAAUGUUAAAAAAGAAAAAAAAGAAAAGAAACCUGAGAAAAAAAUUAAGAAAACUGAGUCAGAACAAUCAACAGAAUCUGUGUUCAAAUCACUGACUGAUGAUUUACCUAUAAGUGCAAACAGACUUUCCGAGCAACGAAAAAUCAUAAUAAUGAAAGAAAAUAAAUCUAACAAAAGUCGACAAUUGAUGCAAGACAAUUUUGACAUACCCCUACUUUCAGAAGUCAAUUUGUCCACAGAAGAAGAAUUAGAAGACUUGGAAAAUAAGAUAAAAAGUGUGAAGAGUAGGUUGGGUUUGCUAGUAGAGAGUGAUGAAGAAGAUUGUAUCAAACUUAAGCCUGAGCCAGACGAGUUAUUACCGCCUGAAAAUGAAAAUAAAAGAGAGACAAAUGUUGGACUUACAACCACUGCCUCUACAGAAGCCACUCAAUCAGUUAAGAGAACUGAACAUUCUCGGAUUAUAUUUAACAGUGAAGAACAUGAAAAUUCAGCUAAACGAAAAUCUAUUAUGGAUAGAUUAGGGAAAAGGCGUUCCAAUGAAAACGAAGAAGCGACUUCUUCAAAACGAAACAGAUUUGAAAUGUCAGACUUCAGAAAAGAGAAAAACUCGAAAAAUAGGGAUGAUAGGAGGGAUAAACGGUUUAAAAAAGAUAACAAUUUAAAAGAGAGCGUCUUGAGCCGACUUGGAGUAAUGUCAAAAGUGUCAAUUCCUGUGAAACCCCCUGAAGAACCUGAAGUACCAUUUAAAAAUCGUGAAGUACCAAGUGUGGUCAAAAUUAAGCCAAGAGUCAUUCCUCCUGACGCCCCACAAGCUAAUAAAAAUCUACUUUUGAAAGCUGUAGCUGAAGCUCAAAGGAGUAUAGCCCAAGCACCAAAAGUUGGAAAUAAUUUAAAGCCUGAAGCUUUGUAUACAAAAAAAUACAAAGAAAAACUUGAAGAUGAACAGUCAACUGGUAAAAAAUUACCAGAAGUUGAGAAAAAUAAAAUAAAGAAAUUCCUUCUCGUACCUGAGAACAGCAAAAGAGAUGAAACUGAAGAAUAUAUCCCAACUCCAAUUAAGAGAGUACAGGAAUCAACGGCUAAAUACAUCCCUAGUAGUAAAACGGACGAUUCGGAUGAUAGUUCAGUUGAAAAUGAUAAAAUUAAGCAACAAUUUAUAGUCACUUUGGAUGGUAUUGAGAAAACCAAAUACAAAGAAUUAAUUAGUGAAGAACCAAAAUCUUCAAUCAAGUCAAGACUUGACAAAAAGAAAUCACCUUCACCCAUUGUUUUUGACAAAGUUGAAAGUACAAUUAAGGGUAAACCAAAUAUUCCCGACAAACUACCCCUAGUCCAUGCUUCACCUGCCGUCAAAAAUAAGGAAAGGUGUAAAUAUUGGCCGUCCUGUCGACAGGGUGAAAAAUGUGAAUUUGUCCACCCUUCUACAACUUGUGAAAAAUUCCCACAUUGUAAAUUUGGUGAUAAAUGUUUAUUUUUACAUCCAACGUGCAAAUUUGGCAGUUCUUGUACUAGGAGAGGCUGUGUUUAUAGUCACGCAGCUAAAGGGACAGGUCCAAGUCCUGUGAAAAUAGGAGGUCCUGUUCAAACAUGUAAAUUUUACCCCAACUGUACAAACGUCAAUUGUGCAUUUUACCACCCCAAACCUUGUAAAUUUGGAAAGUAUUGCAAAAACCAAGCAGAAUGUACUUUUUCUCACACUGUUCCUAGUAAGAGUAGUCUUACUUGGAGAUCAAAGUAGUAACCUCCAGUCGUAUAACUCUAAACUUGUUUGAAUAUUACACAAAUCACAGUUUUUCUGUCAUAAAUUAUACAGAAUUGUAACAAUAGGUAGAGGAUAAACAAUGUUUAAAAAUGUAUUGUAGAAUAAAUAAGUGAACAAAUUUAUUUAUUA